UUGCUCACCUCUUGGAAGAACGACUCAAUAAUGGUCACAUAUAAAGUUCGUCGCAUCCAAACCGACAGUUCAUCUCAAGAAAAGCGAGCAUGUGGGCUGUACCAUUGCUUGUUGGACUGGUCCUUCAGACAGGACUUACUAGUACGAAUGGCUGGAAUGACGGACCACAGCCAGUCGGAGGGCUACCACGGCCCCUGAUGCAACCUGCUCUGCCUUCACGCAAGACGAAAUGCCUGAUACCUCCUCCUGUGGAAUUCUGCUACCAUCCAAAAGGGGGUUACUUUUAUAACUACGACACGGGACGCUGUCAGUACUACAAAAUGAAAUGCGGAGAACUCAAUGGCAAGGAAAAUUAUUUUAGACUGAAGAGCAGCUGCGAAGCGGAAUGUCAGAGCACGGGAUCGACGGUUCUUUGCAACUCGCUUAUACUUCAACUACAGUGCAACAAUCCGGUAGGCUCGUACUAUUUCAAUAGCGCCGUAGGAAGAUGUGAAUAUGACCCUUUCGGCGGAUGUGCUAAUAACUUCAACAGCUUCGACAGCCUGGCCCAGUGCAAUCUCAUGUGCAAAGCUGAUCGAUUGUCUGGUGUGUGCCGGCAAAGUAAAGAUAGUGGGCCUUGCAGGGCUCUGGACCGCCGAUACUACUUUGACUAUGGGAGGCGACAGUGCAGGUUGUUCUAUUACGGAGGCUGCCAAGGGAACGCGAACAACUUCGAUUCCGUGAAUGAGUGCGAACGAACGUGCUUCACACGUAAACAAAAAUGCAGUCAACGCUUAGCGAAAGGCAGGUGUGGAGAGAGCGACAAGAGGUGGUACUUCAAUACAGGGACAGGGCAAUGCGUCGAGUUCAGCUACAGCGGCUGCGAGGGAAACCAAAACAACUUUGUUUCCAAGGAACACUGCGAGGCGGCGUGUCUUCCCGUCAUGCACGGCGGCUAUUAGAUCGAAAUCUAGAUGUACUGUGUCGAAGUACUGUAGGUUCCAGGGGCCUUUGCCAAGCUCUACGAGAGUUUUUUUGUGCCAGACACCACUACUUUGUGGUAAUAAAUAAAUAAAAUAAAUCGAGACCGUAAGAAGUCGGUGUUUGGGGUUGUUUUGAAGAGGUUCGAGAGGCAACCACAAAUAAAUGUUCAGUUUGGUUCGGGUGAA